AUGCAACCAAACUUCUGGAUCUGGCUGGUCUUCCUGAGUCUUUGCCAAGCUGGGUUCACUGUUGGUGAAGGUCCAGGCGAAAAUUUACCAGCUGACUUGAGACAAAUACUGGAUAAGUUGUUGGAUGGGAAAUACAUAGAAGGAACUAUCGAAGCACUCGAAUACCUCAGGGAUAACUCUGUUACUAAAUAUUAUGCAGACAUGCUGCGAUAUCUUCAUUCAAAGGAGUCUAGUUUGCAUACACUUCAGAAUUCAUUCUCCAAUUAUUUCAGAGAAAUCGUCCUUCAGCCGAGGCAACUGGCCACCGACCUACAGCAGAUGGACACCUCGACCUUCUUACUCAGCAUAAAAUAUUUCUACAGUGGCAAGAUCAUAGAGGUUGGGGCAACUGCAUUCACCACUAUUGAUUUUGGGCACAUUAAAAAACAGAUAAUGCAGAUACCCGGAGGGAACCGUUCUCUCUUUGAGACCAGCUGGCAGAAGUGUUUACCAUUGAUCAGCUCCUCUUGGUGUUUGGAGCUGUUGAUCAUGGAACUGAGAAUGUCUUCAGCCAUCUACCUGCAACCAGAGAUGAUUGUGAACAUGCCAAAAGAUCUUCAAGAAGAGACUUUUAAAAAUAUAACAAUUGUUUUUAAGGAACUCUAUGACAAAAUGACUGCCCGUACACAAAGAGCGAUAUAUGAAUGGAUGAGGCAGAGCCUGCAGCAAUCCUAUAAACCACCUGGGGCAAGUGGAAGAGAAUCGUGGAUCACUGCGGAGAACCUGUGGUUUUUGGGGAGAUACAUUGUCCACCUCCCUCUAGAAGAGAUCCAGAAGAUCAGUCUCAAUGAGAUUCGACUGUUCAUUAAUUAUGACAAUGCAACAAAGCAACUGGAUUCGGUGUAUGACAUCACACCAGCUACUGCCAAAGCUUUCCAGGAAAGAAUUGAUGCCAGUGGAUUUGACAUGGCCAACACGUCCACGGUGUACAGACUGGGUCUUCUGGUCUGUUUCUUCGAUAAUGUCCAGGAGCUGGAUGCUGGAGAGGCUCGCAGCUUGCUCCACCAGAUGAUUAAGUGCAACCGACUCAAGGGGUUCCAAGUAGCUGUGAGGAAGUUAAAAUCUCAGCUCCUUGAAUUGGUCCUGAAAAAUCAAACCCUGAAUGAAACGUUGGACUCCAUCUCCGAUACAAUUGCAGGACUGUCCUUCACGCAGCUCGAGUCACUGUCCACACAAGCAGUGCGGAGCGCUAUCUCUGUCCUAAGGACAGUGACUGGAUGGACAAAGAGCCAGAUGAUCAUCCUUGUUGACAAAUUUAUUGGAGACAAUAAGCAGUUGUCACUCUUUAACAUCAGCCAGUUAGGUGAGUUGGUGUUGGGAGUCAGUGCAGACGUGUUCUAUAACACCAGCGUUGAUGAUCUGACUCAGGCGGUGAAAGGCACACUGUCUGAUCACGCAGCAAAGCUUUCAGCAGCCCAACGAUUGGCUGUGGUCACCAAGAUUGUUGAAACCAGGGAUAUCUCCUCAGUGCUGGAUCUGUUGAAUGGGUCCUUCUUGAAAGAGUUGCCCCUCUCCAGCCUGCUUAAAGCAAAGAACUACAACAUUACCCAGCUUGACCACAAGGGGUUUAGGAGAAGUCAGGCUUUGUUUCUUUACAAUGUGGUAUCUGAUGAGAAGCCUGUAUAUGAAAUAAUCAGUUUUGGGGAGUUAGUGAAAGGUUUAACCUGUGAACGUAUCGAAUCCUUGGACAACACGAUGUUUCUCACAGUUGCUGAACUGUUAGAAAGUAACCUAAACCUUCUGUCAUCCCAUCAGCUGAACUGCCUGGCAUGGAAGUACCAACAAGAAAUGCCCAAGAUGAUGCCUCCUCUUCUCCUCGCAACCCUUCCCAUUGCUGUUCUGGAGAAUGCUGCUCAAUCCGUUUGCAGACCAUUGUUAUUCAGCCUGGGCAGAGCUGAACUACCUUUAAUAAUUCCUGACUCCACAAAAAGGAAUGAGGUGAUCAGAAGAGCGCUGCAGUGUCUGAAUUACACGUUACAAGAUGAAUAUGAUGUGGACAUCUUGGGCAGAAUGAUUUGCAAUCUGUCGCCACAGAUCAUCAAGACAAAUAUAUCCCUCAAAGCACUGACGGAAGCAUUCAUGCAGUUCAGGUCCUGCAGGAACCUCAGCAAUGACCAGAAAAUAGAAGUCCGAAAUAAAAUUAGAGAAUAUUAUGGGAAUCCCAUUGCCUGGGAACCUGAAUUGAUACAGGAUCUGGGACCUUUAGUUGCACUCUUGCUAAAGGAAGACCUGACCAUUCUUGCUGAAAAGUGCAGUGUGCUGUACACUCCACCAUCACAUUGUUUUAAAUCCCAGUGUGGUUCAGAGUUCAGAAGUGCUGACAUGUCAUCCCCGUUCUGUCUCCCUGCAGAUUGUCACGGUGUUCGAGCACCUUCUUUUGAUCACAUACUCAAGCUGGCUGAUGCCAACGCCUACUGGUCAGUCCAGGAGCUAAACUGCAUGUCUAUUCAGACUUUUGUUAAAAGUGUUGAGCUCCUCGGUGCCCUGAAGAGUUUUAAUAUGAUACAGCUCACCGCUCUAAAGGACAAAGCCAAGAUGGCUUGGGGCCCAGUUGAAAGCUGGAAGAAAUACCAGGUCGUCGCACUUGGACGAAUUGCAUUGGCUUUAAGUGAGAGUGAAAUCAAAGAGCUGGAGCUUGGUUCCAUCAACACUAUCACUGUCCUGAGCCAACAGACAGAAUGGACUCCGAUGCAGGCUAGAUCUAUCUUGGAAGGCUUUCUCCAAGAUUCUGGUCUGACUGUUGAUACUAUGAAGGGAUGGGACCUGGUUGGAUCAGGGACCUUGCUGUGUGCCAUGAAUGACCAUGAAGUCAGCUCUUUGAGUGCUGCCACCUACAGUGCUGCAGCUGCAAGGAUUGGUGAGAUUGCCUGCAAAGUGGAGGUCCUCCAGGAAUUGUUGAAGAAAGCGAGAAAUGGUUUUGGAAAUGUCGAUGAUUGGUGCAACUUCAUUCUCCAGGAGGUUGGAACAAUAGCAGCUGGGAUGAGCAAAGAAGAGAUAAGAAUCCUGAAUGACGACCUGAUGCCCUACUUUCAGCCAGCGGCAAUAGCUGCUCUGCCCAGUGAAGUAUUUAAAGAGUUUUCCCCAAAACAGCUAGAAAACCUUGGACCUGAGAAUGCAGCCGCUGUCACAGAGUCUCAGAAAGCUGCACUGAGCCCAGAACAGAUUUCCAGCCUGCAGGCAGCCAUGGAUGGAGCUGGCUUAGUUGAGAUGCUGACCUCUGCUUCCCCAGUCAUAGAUAGUGAGUUUGUUCAACUGUUCAUGGUGGAAAUUGCCUCUUACUUUGGAUUGCCUAUACCAUCGUGUAUUUUAUUGCCUGAGGACCAACUUACUGAUGAGGACCACUGUUCCAAUGCACAACGUUUGUCCAUUGUAACCAUUUAA